CCCACUUCAUUCAUGAUUUUGAUUCCGAAGGUGGAGAAAGUGGGUGGUUUACGUUUUGUUGUGAUCGCGACUUUUGACAGCUUGGAAUUCGUCAUCAAAAUUGCUGAUUGAUUUUUCAAAACUCUAAUCUUUACGUGAAAAGACGGUCAAAAUGGGGACUUUGGAAAAUACUUUACAAAUUGAGACAAAAUUAGAAAAGGAGAAAACAAAUCAAGCCCUUCUGAAGGACCGGAUGGAAAAGUAUUCCGAGCUGACGCAGUCCAUGUCCAAAAUUCUAAAUUCCUUCGAGCAACGUCUGGGAAAGCUGGAGCAGACCAUCCUGCCCGUGUACAAUGUCACCAAGAAUCUGCAGAAGCAGCAGCAAAACCUGGACUCCACCCUAAACUGCAUGGAGCAGGUUCUAUCGCACUAUGAUGCCUCCCAGGACGUUUGCAAUCUGAUCCAUCAAGGACCGUCGGAGGGGAACAUUUCCGGUUUCCUGGACGGGCUGAACAAGCUCAAGAAGGCCAAGGAUUACUUCCUGAACAACAACCCGCAGAGCGUGGAGCUGGAGAACGUGACCAGCCUGUUCAACAACGGGUGCGAAACGCUGAACAACCAUCUGAAGUCGCUUCUGAAGAAGCACAGCGUUCCGAUGCGUCCGGUGGAUCUGCUGGAUUUGAUUUACAUCGAGGAGGACUCGUCGAACGAGGACUGCCCCUCGAUUAAACAGCUGCCGACGAGCACCCGGGACGAGUUGAACGUGAUUGCGCAGUGGUUGGACAACAAUCUGAGGCGGGAGUACGUGCAGAUCUACGGGGACGAACGGUCGGAGGUGAUUAUGCGGUCGUUGCAAAACCUGAAGGACCACCAGAAGAGCGGCAGCUGGGGCAACGAACCGCUCAAGUCGGCGCGGUACUACGGGAGGGCGUCGGAUGCGGGCGUGAAGAAGAGCACCUCUGCACGGUUGCAGCAAAUCUUCGAGCGCAAAGCCAACAAAAUGUUCAUGAAGGCGUCUCAGACGCUUGGCCAAUCGGCCGGCCUGGCCAUGCGCAAAAACUCCUCCUUCGGGGACAUCCUGGCGGCGGAAGAGUACGGCAGCGACAACGAUCAGGAGUUGGAAAAGUACCUGGUGCUGCUGUUGGGACUUCAGAAGUUGCUCGUUUGGGAGCGCCAACUGCUCAACGAUAUCAUUCCGAGUACGCGUCACAACGAAGUGUUCUCGCGACUCUCGCAAGCUUCGAUCGAGAUGGUGGUCAAAGACGCGGAAGCGAUCACCGGCCGGGUGUUGAGAAGCAUCAGUCGUAAGGAAUGGUCCGCGGCGUUGGGCAUCUUCUCCGCGCUGAAACACGUGCAGAUCCUUCAGCCGGAUAUCGACAAAAUCUGCGACUCAGCCCAGCGUCAACAACUGAGCGGAGUGCUGAGCAAACUCCAGCAAACCGGAUCAAAAGCGCUCGAACAGUUCAUCGACGGGGUCAAGAACGACGCCGGCGGUGGCGGCAUGGUCAGCAUGAGCUCGAGCACCAUCAGCUACGGCGGAGGCUCCAACGUCCCGAAAGACGCCACCGUCUACGAACUCACCUCCAACACCAUCUGGUUCCUCGAACAACUCCAAGAACACUGCGACACCAUCGGCAGCAUUCUCCAGCUCGAGCAAACCUACACCAACGAUCUGGACCGCAUCGCGUCCCACAAAACGGUCUCCGUCGAGCAGAAGAACAAAGCCCUGCUCGGAAUCUACGUGCGCAAGGUGCUCGGCGAACUCAACUACACCAUCGCCACCAAAUCCGAACAGUACAACGACGUCGCCACCAAGCAACUCUUCAAGCUCAACAACACGCACUACAUCCUCAAAUCCCUCCAACGCUCCAACCAGAUCGACAUCGUUGCCCUCACCGAGCAUGACUGCGAGAAACGCUACCAGCGAAUGAUCCAGGACCUCAAGAAAGCCUACCUCAGCUCCUGGUCCAAACUGCUCGCGAACAUUGGUCCGCUCGAGGAUCUCCCACGGCCGGUGAGUGGACGCGUUAAGGACAAGGAGCGCGCAAUCAUCAAGGAGCGCUUUUCGUCGUUCAACAAGGAGCUGGAUGAGGUGGUGCGAACGCAGAGGGCCGUCUCCGUGCCGGAUGUGCUGCUGAGGGAGGGGAUCAAGCGGGACAAUACGGAGCAUAUCGUUCCGCAGUACAAUGCGUUCUUUGAGAUAUAUUCCGAGGUGCAGUUUAGCAAGAAUCCGGAAAAGUACGUUAAAUAUCGACCAACGGAUGUGACGGCAAUGCUGAACAGCUUCUUUGAUGAUACAAUUUAAGAUGUUUACUGCUUCACUAUAUUCCAAGAUAUUUAAAGAUAUUAAGUUGUACGCCUAGCUAAGUUAUCUGUAUCAAGCACAUAAUAAACAUUAAACGCAU